AUGGCGUCAAGUCAUCCUAUCCAUGUUCAUCCCGCACGACCUCUGUAUCGCUUUACGGCUACGGCGUUGGGAGCUAGCAUGUGGUUUUUCUUAAUGUACAGAGCCAAGAAAGAUGGACCCGCCCUUUUAGGCUGGAAGCACCCUUGGGAUCAUUGA